CGCCUAAUAUGACAGCUUUGGACAGUGAAUCGAUAGCUGUGACAGCAGGUUGUCAACCUGCAAACUAAUUCGUAAAAGUGAAGUGAUGAGCCUGUGAUUAAAUAUUCAGAAAAGGAAAAGAAAAGGGAUUAUAAAUCGCAUAUCAAAUAUGGAAUCGGAAGAGAGCGAAACAUAUCCGAAGCCGGGAACAACACGCAGCGAAAAAAAUGCUGCCAUCGACUACGACGAAGAUAGAGUAAGCUGCACGAGAUGACAGCGUCUUACUCCGAAAUAUCGUUCGAUUCGCUGUCGUCACCGCCGAUUUCGGAGUUGAGAUCACUUAUCGAGUCCCCGGAUCUCGACGGGACGAAGUUUCUGGAAGAUAGCCUGGAAAAGAUGAGUGCGGUCGGUGGCAGGCCCGAUCAACUGAAUUUAAAGAACAGAAGAAACAGUCUGGUAGAGGAUGAAGAUUUAGAUCCACCGAGUUAUCACAAAGCAAUGGGGUAUUUGCAGCUAGAAGGAACUGUGAUGCAAGAUGGCGACAUGGUGCUAUUCGUAGCAGAGGAUUUAGAGAACAAAAUUAAACUCUCCAGUCCUGUCACAAAAAAAGGGGAAACUCCAUCUUUCCCCGGUUCUCGUAGUUCCACUCCUUGUUUGUACAGACAGGCUUUAACUCCUCAACUGCCUCCGCUUGAUCAUAACGUAUUAAACGAGUUGGAAAUGGAAGCUAGAAAGGUGGCCACCUCGGUCGAUGCAUUGACUGAAAAUUUAGCUGCUAUUUUGCACAGUGCGUCCGCGCUGACCGUUGGAUGUUUGGAAACAUAUAGAGACGCGGUAUGUAAAACGUGUGACGCGGUGGAUCAUAAUAUCAAAUCUAUGUAUCAAUUAAUGGCUAAAUGCGAAGAAUUAUCUAAAUCUAUGGGACCUAUCUAUAAGCUGGCCGAACAAAUUAAAGAAAUGAAGAGGAUGCUAGACCUGUUCGAGAACGCUAUGAAUUUGUAAAUUAUAUUUAGGAAAGCUGGAACUUUUCUCUAUCGCGCAUUCGUGCGAUAAAAAAUUUUGUUUUCUUUUGUUUACGAACGAUGUUUAAGAUUAUGCAAUGUGUAAACGAUUGG